AACAAAACACAAAAGUCACAAACAUCAGCUCCCAACAACACUUGUGUUGUGUCUUUCCCUUCUCCAAAGCCAUGGCUAUGUCUGGUGCUCUGAGUCUAUCCCAAUUCUCAGUUUAUAGGCCUAUUUCAUUGCCAAGAAAAUUUCCCAAAAACAGGGUUUGCAUUAGAGCCAUGUCAGAAACCUCAUCCUCUUCCUCUUCUACUUCUGUAAGCACCCAACAAGAACCAACAUCAGAUGAUUCAGCUUCAUCCUCAUCAGUAACAUUUGCUCCUCCACCCAAUUUCAAACCCCCUGAGCCCAAAACCUUUGCAGUGAGACCUGACAAGAGGGGUGAGAUUUUUGGAGCUAUUCUUCCCAUUUUCUUUCGCUUUGCUACUGGAGUUUUCGUUUCUGGGUAUUCUUUUUCAUUUGUUUCUAAGGAUGAAUUUCCACCAGACCAAUUUGCAAUGGAAGUUUCUGGCUAUAAGGUAAAAGAAACAUCAAAUUUAGGCCCUCGCCCAGAGAAGCCUAUUGAGAUAUAUGAAUUUGAGAGCUGUCCAUUUUGUCGAAAGGUUAGAGAAAUUGUUGCUGUUUUGGACCUUGAUGUUCUUUUCUAUCCUUGCCCAAGAAAUGGCCCAAAUUUUCGUCCCAAGGUUGUUCAGAUGGGUGGUAAACAGCAGUUUCCCUACAUGGUAGACCCCAACACCGGCGUUUCGAUGUAUGAAUCAGAUGACAUAAUUCAGUAUUUGGUUGGCAAAUAUGGUGAUGGAAAUGUUCCUCUUACUUUAUCACUUGGAUUUUUAACGACACUGACUGCUGGUCUUGCCAUGCUCGGUCGUAUUGGAAAGGGGACAAGUUAUACUCCAGCAAAGUUACCUCCAAAGCCACUUAAAUUAUGGGCAUAUGAGGGGUCUCCUUUCUGCAAACUUGUACGUGAAGUACUUGUAGAAUUAGAGCUGCCACACCUGCUUUGCAGUUGUGCUAGGGGUAGCCCAAAACGACAGAUACUAUACAAGAAAACUGGACAUUUCCAGGCACCCUUUUUGGAAGAUCCAAACACUGGGAUAGAAAUGUUUGAGAGUGCAGAAAUUAUAGAGUAUCUAACAGCAACUUACGCUCUUCAGUGAGUAGUUUUAACCUUUAAGAGAGGCUUAUGAGGGCUAUUUACUCUCUAUGUAAUCAUAUGCCUGUCUCAUAUGUAAAUGUGAUUGAAAAUGGUUCUAACACUGCGAUAAAUCCAUUUGUUACUAUAUCAAAAUAUCACAUAGUGGAAUCAAAUGCCUCAACAUUCAACAAUGGUUUGAGGUGUUUAAAACCCUCGGUUGCAAAGUAAUAGUGUAAUUUGU